UGUUUGCCUUUUCACCUGGAACCAAAAUUCCUGCCGGUGACGGAAGUAAUGAGUUCCACCAAGGAGCGCGUGGGGUGCGUCGUUUUACCGGGAGACGUCUUGACUUGUGGCUCUGAGCUACCGGAGGGCAAACGCGACAAACUCAUCUGUGGCCCGGGACUCCGCCGUGAUGUCGACGACGUGGUGGUGUGUAAAAGUGGCAUCUUGCGCCACAAGGAGCCCAACCUUUACUGGGUCGACUCCCAGCAGACCAGGUACGUUCCUGCCAAAGGAGAGGGCGUCAUUGGCAUCGUGACGGCAAAGUCCGGAGAUGUUUUCAAAGUUGACAUUGGCGGAAGUGAGCUGGCCACACUUUCAUACCUGGCGUUUGAAGGAGCGACGAAAAGGAACCGACCCAACGUGCAGGUUGGAGAUCUCGUCUACUCCCAGCUCAUCAUCGCUAACAAAGACAUGGAGCCCGAGCUGGUGUGCAUCGACAGCUGUGGCCGCGCCAAUGGCAUGGGGGUGUUUGGAGCCGGGGGGCUGCUCUUUAAGGUGUCCCUGGGGCUCGUCAGGAAGCUGCUUCUGCCACAGAGUGAAGUCAUUCAGGACCUGGACAGCAUGUUUCCAUUUGAGAUGGUGGUGGGGAUGAACGGCCGGAUUUGGGUGAAGUCCAGGAGCACCCAGCAGACUUUAAUUGUGGCCAACCUGCUGGAGAGCUGUGAGCACAUGACCACGGCACAGCGACGGGACGUCCUGAGGAGGCUCUCGCAGAACUGUCUGUGAGCGCAUUUCACAUUGUUUUUA